AUGGACAUUGGUACAGACCUGCCUGCCUUGGAGCGACCAGGAGGGUCUAAUGUGGCCCUGAGCUACCGGCAAUCUAUGAACUGGAUGUGUCAUUUGCUACUUCGCUACCAGUCCGUACAUUUAGACACAGCAUCGAUGCAACGCUAUCUCGAUGUGUUUCAAGAUUUCAACGCUCUCGAAUGUUCUCUUGCUCCCCACUUGAAGGACACACACCACUGCUGCUCCAUCCAAGAGAUACAAGAGCACCACAGCUUUGACCUUCACAGGAACUGUGCCAUCUCCACUCUCUGCCGACCAAUUCUUUCGAGACGGGCGAGACAAGCCAUGGGCAAAAAGGGAUCAUCAAUGAUUCUCGACAAGUUUCAGGACGCCUUAAAGCGAAGUGUCUGUGCUUUUAUUCGUCUGCGCUCAAUGUCAAGCCAUGCAACCCGCUCUUGGGCAUUCGUUCACAACGGCCUCUCUUCUGCGUUGCUACUGAGCUUCACCAAGCAUCUUAAAGACACAGAGGACGCGAGACAGAUCCAGACACAGCUUAUACAGAGUUUGACAGAGAGAAAAGAAGACGUCGGGCAAUUUUCCAUUGCACACAGGAAGGCCCUCAAAGCUCUGCAAACCUUGCAGAAGUUUGCAGAAGAAGGUGUAGCCAAGGAAUCGGCUAUAAAUGAGGCACAAACGCAGAAAUCUACAAGCCAUCCAGAUGAGACCUCGAUACCCGACGAGGGUUUGAGUGGUGUUCAGGACCUUAGGUUGGUUUCAACAUGGCUUACUUGUUGGAGUGAAUGA